CAGACGGCGCAGGCGCAGAGUUAGUGAAGAAGACUCAGUCGGUUCUGUGCAUGCUAAGAAACCUAACGUUUCAUUCAAAGAGAUGGCCACACUCUAUGUGUCCCCUCAUACUGAUGACUUCAGGAGUCUCCUGGCUCUCAUAGCAGCAGAGUAUUCUCCAUCCACCUGCCCUCAGAUCGUCACAGAGGAACCACCUGCUUCUCUGAAUGCACGAUCUAGACCAACCCUGGUGCUAGGUGCUGGGGAGGGUGACUGUGUCCUGAGUGGUGCUAGUGCUGUAGCUUGGUACUUGACCUUUCAGGGUAAAAGGGCAGGUUUAGACACAAAGCAGCAGAGCCAGGUGUGGCAGUGGCUCAGCUUUGCUGACAAUGAACUUAUUCCGGUGUCCUGCGCUGUUGUUUUUCCUUUGAUGGGAAUGACUGGAGUAGAUAAAAAGCUUCAGCAAACUUCCAGAACCGAGUUGUUGCGUGUUCUAAAGGUCCUUGAUCAGGCCUUGGCACCAAGAACUUUCUUGGUGGGAGAGAGCAUCACUUUGGCUGACAUAGCUGUAGCUACAGCUGUUCUUCUACCCUUCAAAUAUGCGUUAGAACCAUCAGACAGGAAGGAACUGAUCAGUGUUACCAGAUGGUUCACAACCUGCAUUAAUCAGCCACAGUUCCUGAAGGUGCUGGGGGAGAUCGCUCUGUGUGAGAAGAUGGUGCCAGUAACACCAAAGACAAAUGCUAUUGUAAAUGCUAAAGCUGCAGAUGCCAGUCCAUCUGACUCUGCCAGUGCCAUAGCUAACGGUCCACCAAAGACAGAAGCACAGCUGAAAAAAGAAGCAAAGAAGAGAGAAAAGCUGGAAAAGUUCCAGCAAAAGAAGGAAAUGGAGGCAAAGAAAAAGACGCAACCAUUAACAGAGAAAAAAGCCAAACCUGAGAAGAAAGAGCUGGGUGUGAUUACAUACAACAUUCCUACCCCUGCUGGAGAAAAAAAAGAUGUUGUCAGCCCGCUUCCUGACUCAUACAGUCCUCAGUAUGUGGAGGCUGCUUGGUAUUCAUGGUGGGAGAAGCAGGGAUUCUUCAAGCCUGAGUAUGGUAGGAGGAGUAUUAGUGAGCAGAACCCUCGUGGCAUCUUCAUGAUGUGCAUUCCCCCUCCAAAUGUGACUGGAUCUCUUCACCUGGGUCAUGCGCUCACCAACGCCAUCCAGGACUGUCUGACUAGAUGGCACAGGAUGCGAGGGGAGACCACCUUGUGGAACCCGGGCUGCGACCAUGCUGGUAUUGCCACCCAGGUGGUGGUAGAGAAAAAACUGAUGAGAGAAAGAGGUUUGAGCCGUCAUGAUCUGGGCAGGGAGAACUUCAUUCAGGAAGUCUGGAAAUGGAAGAAUGAGAAGGGAGACCGUAUCUACCACCAGCUAAAGAAACUGGGAUCCUCAUUGGACUGGGACAGAGCAUGCUUCACGAUGGAUGCGAAACUGUCCUAUGCAGUCCAAGAGGCCUUUAUCCGCAUGCAUGAUGAAGGAGUAAUUUACAGGAGUAAGAGGCUGGUCAACUGGUCCUGCACACUGAACUCUGCCAUCUCUGACAUUGAGGUGGAUAAAAAGGAGCUCACUAGCAGAACUCUGCUUCCUGUGCCUGGUUACAAGGAGAAAGUAGAAUUUGGGGUGUUGGUGUCUUUUGCCUACAAGGUGGAUGGAUCAGAUGAAGAGGUGAUUGUGGCCACAACUCGUAUUGAGACUAUGCUGGGAGACACAGCUGUAGCUGUCCACCCCACUGACCCCAGAUAUCAACAUCUAAGGGGGAAAAUGGUGCUGCACCCCUUCUGUGACCGGAAGAUGCCAAUAGUCUUUGAUGAUUUUGUGGACAUGAGCUUUGGAACAGGCGCUGUCAAAAUAACCCCGGCCCAUGAUCAUAAUGACUACGAGGUUGGAGAAAGACACAAUCUGGCCUUCAUUAACAUCUUGGAUGAGAAUGGCCUCCUCAUUAACGUGCCUCCUCCCUUCUUGGGCAUGAAACGUUUCGAGGCCAGAAAAGCGGUGCUUCAGGCACUCAAGGACAGAGGCCAGUUUAAAGAGAUCAAAGACAACCCAAUGGUUGUCCCAGUUUGUAGCCGUUCCAAGGACAUCGUGGAGCCCCUGCUGAAGCCUCAGUGGUAUGUGAACUGCAGUGAUAUGGGUAAGCAGGCUGCAGAUGCUGUCAGAGAGGGCAGGCUUAAAAUCAUCCCUGAUCACCACCUCAAGACAUGGUUCAACUGGAUGGACAACAUAAAAGACUGGUGUAUCUCCCGGCAGCUGUGGUGGGGUCACCGUAUUCCUGCUUACUUCAUCACUGUCAACGAUCCCUCUGUGAAACCAGGAGAGGACAUGGAUGGCCAUUACUGGGUGAGUGGAAGAUCAGAGGAGGAGGCCAAAGAAAAGGCAGCAAAACGCUUCAGUGUGUCUGUGGACAAAAUUACCCUCAGACAGGACGAGGAUGUUCUGGACACUUGGUUCUCAUCGGGCAUCUUCCCCUUUUCCAUCUUCGGAUGGCCUAAUGAGACGGAGGAUCUGAACGUUUUCUACCCUGGUACCCUGCUGGAGACGGGCCAUGACAUCCUGUUCUUCUGGGUUGCCCGUAUGGUCAUGAUGGGCCUUAAACUGACUGGCAAGCUGCCUUUCAAAGAGGUUUAUCUGCAUGCAGUGGUGCGAGAUGCUCAUGGAAGAAAGAUGAGCAAGUCUCUGGGCAAUGUUAUUGACCCACUAGAUGUCAUUACAGGGAUUUCUCUAGAGGGUCUUCAUGCCCAGCUGAUGGACAGCAAUUUGGAUCCUGUUGAGGUGGAGAAGGCAAAGCAAGGCCAGAAGUCAGACUACCCAAAUGGCAUCCCAGAGUGUGGGACAGAUGCUCUCCGGUUUGCCCUGUGUGCCUACACCAGCCAAGGAAGAGAUAUCAACCUGGAUGUCAACCGCAUCCUUGGUUACCGUCACUUCUGCAAUAAACUGUGGAAUGCUGUGAAGUUCGCCAUGAAGACGCUGGGUGAAAACUUUGAGCCAUCAGAAAAAGCUCAGCUGUCAGGCGAGGAGAGCGUAUCAGACAGGUGGAUUCUGUCCAGGCUGAGUGCUGCUGUUGCCCUCUGUGAUGCUGGCUUCAAGGCCUACGACUUCCCCGCCAUCACCACCGCCAUCUAUAACUUCUGGCUCUACGAGCUUUGUGAUGUGUACCUGGAAAGUGUGAAACCAGUAUUCAGUAAAGCCGAGGAAGACGAUGCUAGUCAGAGACAAGCCUUGUGCAGGCAAACUCUUUACACCUGUCUAGAGGUCGGUCUGCGCCUACUGUCUCCCAUGAUGCCCUUCGUCACGGAGGAAUUGUAUCAGAGAUUACCACGACGACAACCUCAGAACAAUACCCCGAGUAUCAGUGUCACAUCUUACCCCGACACAGAAGAGUUCUGCUGGCACAGUGAAGAGAUCGAUCGGGACAUGGAGUUCAUAAUGACUGUGGUCAAGACCAUCCGAUCACUCAGGGCCGAUUACAACCUGACGAAGACAAGAGCUGACUGCUACCUCCAGUGCAUAGAUUCUGCAACUGUCUCACUGGUGCAGAAGUACAUCCUGCAGAUUCAGACCUUGUCGUAUUGUCAGGCCAUCAUCCCUCUGACAGGCAAACAGCCAGUCCCAGAAGGCUGUGCUGUGGCCAUCGCUUCUGACAGAUGUACUGUCAACCUUAUGCUCAAGGGUCUAAUUGAUGUGGAGAAGGAAGUGACUAAGCUGAUGACAAAGGAAGGAGACUUGGAGAAACAAAUGGAGAAACUGAGAGAGAAGAUAGCAAAGAAUGACUACAAGGAGAAGGUGCCAUUGAAGGUGCAGGAGCAGGAUGCGGAAAAGCUUCGACAGAGCCACACUGAACUUGAGAAAGUGAAAGAAGCCAUAGAUAAUUUCAGGAAAAUGAUGUAAUUUCCCUCUUUGUGUUAUGUAAAUCAGGAUUUAGUCAUUUUUUUCUCUCAUGUCUGUUCAUUUUCAGAUCAACCGUAGAAUGGAAAGAAUUCAAUAAAGCUCUUGUAGCAUACAACGGCAUUCAUGGAUGUGCUGUUCUGGGUCAGUCUGUUAUAAUCAAAGUCCCUUUAUAUCUCAGAUUUGGUGAAUGCUUGUAUGAUGUGAUUAACUAGAGAAUGAAUUCCUGAAAUUUGUAAUCAGCAUAUUUAAUGGAACACUUAAGAGCAUCAUUUUAGGAUACAGUUUUGUUCAGAAAGACCGUGGCCACAAAAGAAAAACCUGAAACGUUUCGACACUUUGGCUGCAUUUUUAAAGAUGAAAUAUCUCUAAACUGACAUUAUAUAUUAUUUUUUUUAUUCAAUAGUAUAAUGUAUAUCUGCUUACAUUAGCUUUGCAAAUACAGCCAAAGAUGGAACAAUGGAAGGAGUGAGAGAUGGCUUGUGCACUCAUUUUAAAAUGCAUCCUUUUUAAAUGAGUUAUACUAAACAAAAUUACUAAACAGUAACAA